AUGUCAGCACCGUCUAAAAAGAGGCCCCAUACCUGGAAAGUUCGUUUUUUCGUUUUUAAAUCCUUGUGAAUUUCCUGAAACUUGAGGGAUACCAUUUCAGAAGAUUCUGGAUCAAAAAAUAAAAGAAAAUCUUAGGAAUUUUGAAAUUUAGUCGAGUUAGACGCCUUAGAACCGCCAAAAAUCGUGUUUUUCUUCUUCAAAGGAUCAUUUUGACACAUUAUAACCCGAGAAAAAACAAAAAAUGCCUGAAAAUACAUUUUCCAUGAGAACCAGGGUACCUUAAAAAACGAUUCAGCCAAAAAAUUCAAAAAAAUCUCAAAAACCCGAUUUUUAACUGAAAAUUUGUCAAGAAAAAUGAUAAUUUCGGUUGAUUUUGAGGGGUAUAACUCGAGAAAAAACGAAAAAUGUUUGAAAAUACAUUUUCUAUUUAAAAUCAAGGUGCUUUAAGAAACGAUUCAGCAAAAAAAAACCAGAAGAACCGAAUCCUAACUGAAUUUUGGUUGAUUUUGAGGGAUCGCUUGGUUUUUCGAAUCGAGGAUAUUGUCAAUUCCGAUCAGGAUACGAUGCCCGAGCAUUCCGGGCGAGGUUUGAACUGUUUUUUGUUAUUUAAAUGUUCUUGGUCGCAUUUGGAAUGGUUCUAAGCGUCGCGUUCGCGUUGCGGCUUGAGGAAAAAGAAACUGGAAAAAAAUAAUUUUUUUUCUCCAAAGUCCAUUCACCCCUGGCUUUGUUAGUAGGAAAGUGUAUCACUGUCUAAAUCUCUUCCAUUCCCGCGCUAUUUCCUAUAAAAGCUCAUUUUUUUUGAUUUUCAAAAGCUUUUCACGGCUUGUUUGGGUCUUGACACGAUUAGCGAAAUAGUGUGAAUAAAUAAGAGGUUCAGACAUCUCUAUGGUAUUUAUCUCAACUAGUCGUAAUCGAUCGAGAAAAUAGUCCUGGCAAGAUUUUUACAGUAACCCAUACUUUACGGAAUAAGAAAUAGACACGUCAUUCGUCGAGACUGGAAGCUGUCUGACAUGUCUGCGCUCUCUUUUCUCUCACCCUUCAACUCGCCCCUGGGUAACGAGAACCAGACGUGCUUCGGAUGUUUCUGAGAAGUUCUAGGGACCCCUUAAGAGUUCUGUCGCUACUAAAGUGGUCCCUAGAGCUGUCCCGACACGUCCGCUUCGCGUUACGAAGAGCCGAGAAAGAGCGUGUAAACACGAGAGAGCGCAGAGAAAUCAGAACUUUCGUCUCAAGAUGCGUAAGCCGUUUAGAGUCGGGCACGUCCUAAAAAAAGCCGCUCCGCACUUUGAGCCAUUCCAAAUGCGGUCAGAACCAUCAAAGUCGCUCUUUUAGGGACAGAAGAACUGUGCGGAUUACCCUCGUCGGUACAUCGCGUUGUCGUUCUCGUCAGACAUGCCGAAAUGGUUCCUAAACUAUCCUUCCUUCAAAAAAAAAAAAAUUAAACUUGCAGCAAAUGCCGCCAUCCGACAAGCCGAGCGUCAGCAAGAGGGUUUUCUCUCUUUAAACCGUCUGACUAGCCUGCGCUCUCUUUUCUCUCGCUAAGAGAGCGCAGACGAGUCAGAUUGCUUCGAUAAAAUGUCCGAAUUCAGAAAGGAAAAACCGAGAAGAAACUCCCGUCGGCAAGGUCACCAGUGCCACAGCUGAGUUCGCCAACUGCGGUUAAUUUUGAUUUGUGCAAAAAUGGGUGCAAAAAGGCUGCUGAAAGGGUUCCGUUUGGCGGCCUUUAUUGAGCCUUUCUUUCUUGGUGGGCUGAAAUUGAAGCUCAAACUCCCUUUUUAUGAGCUGGAGCAGGUCAGGCUCAAGUUUGAUCUUGCUCAGAAAAAAGCCAUAUUUCUGGAGCUUGACCCGAAUAGUUCCCUCCACUGAGCUCGAUUUCGAGAAAGUACUGUUUUAAAUCUUUCUUUAGAGCUGGACCAGCUCAAGUUCCUCUCUUGAGCUAUUUUGUUCUGUUGGAUGAGAUUCAAGUUUUUUUUAUGAGCUGGACCAGCUCUAACAUUUUUCUGAUCUUUUUUUGGUUCAGUGAAGCUCAAACCCUCUUUUUAUGAGCUGGAGAAGGUCAGGCUCAAUUUUGAGCUUCUUCCUUUUUGCAGCUAGUCCAGAUCAAGCUCUCAGGAGUUUUUCUUUCAAAAAGAUUUUUCGAAAUUUCUAUUGGAUUUUUUCAAACUUCUAGGAACGCGCCGGAGCUCUCGUGACCAGACAACUGAUCGCUCUGCCUGCAAAGUUCAAGCAUAUCGUCUGCGCGCCUCAGCUCGAAGCCAUCCAGAUAGCCAUCGCCGUCAAUAAAAGCCUCAUAGGCAAGUUUGGAUCAUUUCUUGGACGGGAGUACUCGCGGAUGAAACCGUCGCUCGCCAGUUUAACUCCAGCAGAUCACACGAAACGUUUAAAAAACAUCCUGUGAUUAUAGCUGAUUCACGGGUGGCUUGAGCCAUCGAAAAACGGGUCCUGACACGAAUAUGCACGAAACAGCGCAGUGUCGCGGAUGCUACCGCCUUUCAACCGUUUGGAUAGUGUCAAUCACCCAAAACUUUUUUUGCCGCAUGAUAGACCCUGUUUAGACCAGUAUAUCUGCGAAAACGCAAAAUUACGCGCCGAGUCCCCGUUCGGGUCCCGCGGGUCGUCCGAACUGUUUAAAAGACUAAAACCCAACGUAGAAUGCCCGUUUUGUAAAAUUAUGACCUAUCCGUGCUAUUGGCUAGGGGUUCCAAGACUCGAAAAAAUGUCUAGAACGGCUCAAAAUUGCUCUGCGUUUUUGCGGUUUGAGAAAAAUCUGCCCAAAAUUUCCAUUUUUCAGAAAAGUCAGAAAAGUCGCAAGUGGUCGUAGAGCAACACUUGGCUGAGCCUUCCUCGGGUUCUGUAAGUUUUUUUUUUGGCACAAAAAAAUUAUCUUUUGUUUUCCCUUUUCGACCUGCUACACACUCCACAUGUCACACUUGUAGUCCUCUGAUUUCUCUGCGCUCUCUUUUCUCUCGGUCCUUAGCGGCGAGAGAAAAGAGGACGCAGACAGGUCAGACUCCUCAAAGUAAUAUGAAUGAAGUAUGAAAAAAAACUUCAAAAUCAAGUUUUUAAAAGAAAGACUUUUCGCCUGCUACACACCCCACAUGUCACACUUGUAGUCCUCUGAUUUUUCUGCGCUCUCUUUUCUCUCGGUCCUUAGCGGCGAGAGAAAAGAGGGCGCAGAAAAGUCAGACUCCUUAAAGUCAUAUGAAUGAACUAGCCUCGAAAUCAUUUUCAGCACCGUUUUCCAAACUUCAAGCAAUUGUCGAAGAUGGAAGUCAUCAGCGGACAAAAAUUGUUGCAUCCGGGGCCGGAAAAAGUCGAGGAGGCCGUCAAACGCAUCGAGACUAUUUUUGAAAAGUUUUAGCCCAUUCCUUUAUUUUUUUCGAUGGAAAAGCUCAGGAUCACGGCCCGUUACUCUGGGAAUUUGGUCAUCUUUUGCGGGCCGAAUUGUUUGGAAAUCCUAACGGAGGUUAUAACGAAGAAGAAAACUCUACGCAUGCAAUCCAAGGCUUUCCAGGCGUUCGUGUUUUACAAAAAAGUAAGGAGGACUUUUGGAGUCUGACCUGUCUGCGCCCUCUUCUCUCUCAGUAGCACAGCGAGGGAGAAGAGAGCGCAGAGAGAUCAGACAGUGGCUUUCUCUGCGCCUUCCUCAUCCCUAGAAGUCUCUCUCAUGUUUAUGUGCUAUUUCCAUGUUUCUCUGACCUCGCCGGUAAGAGUGAAGAGUGCGCAGAGAGAUCAGAAAGUUGGCUUCUCUGCGCCCUCCUCAUCCCUAGAAGUCUCUCUCAUGUUCACGUGCUAUUUCCAUGUUCUUCUGACCUCGCCGGUGAGAGAAAAGAGGGCGCAGAGAGAUCAGACAGAUUUUCAAAAAAAUCGUAUAAGCCCCUGUAAUGGAAAAUAGACCAUCAUUGGAAAAAGAAAAACUUUAAAAUGACCACUUUGGAGCCUCCUAGUGAUAACUUAAGGGAUCUUGAGAUUCUUGCCCUUUUUCGGUCUCACUUGGCACCAAAAAAGUCAAUAAAAAAGGGGCGUGGCCAGCCAAUUAGAGACUCAGUUCGUUAGGGCGCACUUUAGACUGAAAAUGAUGCUUUAAAAAUAUUUCUUGAACUAAGUUAGAGAUUACAGGAAAAGGAGAGUGCGUGGGAGAGAGCAGAGAAGCCGUGA